GCUGUCAAACGAGGCCCCGCCCCCCGCCGCGGACACGCACCACAGACGCGCACACUGUGUGGGGACUCUACAGCCAGCCGGAGACUGAUACACCGGGAGCGGCCUCAGUCCGUCCCGGUCACGCUGUCCGCCGCCGUCAGCACCGGGGGGCCACUGCUGGGUGCGGCUAGUGUCCGUCCUCUUGUGAGGCCGCGCCCCUCCCUUCAGAAGCUCCGUGCGGCGGAGGGGAUCUAGUCGCUACCGUGCGUAUUGAGGGGAGUUUCCCGUUAUUCUGCAGCGCUGAGCGGGCGAGGGUCCCCGCCGCCCCCCGGGACAUCAUGAGCUGGGGCACAGAGCUCUGGGAUCAGUUUGACAACUUAGAGAAACAUACACAGUGGGGAAUUGAAGUGCUGGAAAAAUACAUUAAGUUUGUGAAGGAGAGAACAGAGAUUGAAAUCAACUAUGCAAAACAGCUUCGGAAUCUUUCAAAAAAGUAUCAGACGAAGAAGAACUCCAAAGAGGAGGAAGAGUCAAAGUACACGUCAUGCAAAGCCUUUCAAAACACGCUGAACGAAAUGAACGACUACGCUGGGCAGCAUGAGGUCAUUUCUGAGAACAUGACAUCACAAAUCAUGGUGGAUCUUACCCGCUGCGUUCAGGAGUUUAAGCAGGAGAGGAAAUCGCACUUCCACGAAGGUCGCAAGGCACAGCAACACAUAGAGACCUGCUGGAAGCAGCUUGAGGCGAGUAAAAGAAGAUUUGAGAGGGACUGCAAAGAGGCAGACCGUGCACAGCAAUACUUUGAGAAGAUGGAUGCCGACAUCAAUGUGACAAAAGCAGACGUUGAAAAAGCACGACAGCAAGCCCAGAUACGGCACCAAAUGGCGGACGACAGUAAAGGAGAUUAUUCGUCAGUGUUACUAAAGUUUAACCGUGAGCAGCACGAGCAUUAUCACACACACAUCCCGGCUAUCUUUCAGAAACUGCAAGACAUGGAGGAAAAGAGGAUAGCACGAAUGGGGGAGUCGCUAAAAACAUAUGCCGACAUAGACCGCCGAGUCAUCCCAAUCAUUGGCAAAUGUCUGGACGGAAUCACUAAAUCCGCAGAGUCCAUCAACGAAAAGCAAGACUCUCAAACUGUCAUAGAAGCCUUUAAAUCUGGGUUUGAGCCUCCCGGAGAUAUUGACUUUGAGGAUUUCACUCAGUCAAUAAAACGUACAGUAUCUGACACAAGCCUCACCAACACCAGGUCUGAGGGGAAAACGGAUCCCAAAGUUCCUGGCAAGUCUCGUGGCAAACUGUGGCCUUUCAUCAAGAAAAAUAAGCUUAUGUCCCUUUUAACAUCCCCUCAUCAGCCCCCUCCUCCUCCCCCUGCCUCUGCCUCAACCUGUGCUGUUCCCAACGGCCCCCAGUCUCCCAAGCAGCAAAAGGAACCCCUCUCCCAUCGCUUCAACGACUUCAUGACCUCCAAACCCAAAAUCCACUGCUUCCGAAGUUUAAAGCGCGGGCUUUCCCUGAAGCUGUGUUUUGGCUUCCACCAGGGUGCGACACCAGAGGACUUCAGCAACCUGCCACCCGAACAGAGACGGAAAAAGCUGCAGCAAAAGGUCGAUGAAUUAAAUAAAGAUAUUCAGAAAGAAAUCGAUCAAAGAGAUGCCCUGACCAAGAUGAAGGAUGUAUAUAUGAAGAAUCCUCAGAUGGGAGAUGCAGCCAGUGUGACUCAGAAACUAGUGGAGAUUGGGAACAACAUUGAAAAGCUGCGCGUGGAGGUGCACAAGUUUGAAAGCUGGCUGGCAGAAGUGGAAGGAAGGCUUCCUGUCCGUAAUGACAAUUCCCGCCGGCAAAGUGGACUUUAUGAAACCCAGAACGCUGCACCGGUCAAUAAUUGUGUUCAAGACCGGGAGAGCAGCCCAGAUGGCAGUUACACAGAAGAUCAGAGCCAGGAGACCGAGGUGAAGGUGACACCCACAGAGUUUGAUGACGAUUUUGAUGAUGAAGAGCCCCUCCCCACAAUAGGAACGUGUAAAGCCUUAUACCCCUUUGACGGUGAAAAUGAAGGAACUAUAUCGGUAACAGAAGGUGAAGUGUUGAACGUCAUAGAGGAGGAUAAAGGAGAUGGUUGGACACGGAUCCGUAGGAAUGAGGAUGAGGAGGGUUAUGUCCCAACAUCCUACAUUGAAGUUUAUUUGGACAAAAAUGCCAAAGAUUCGUAAAGGUGUGCUGGUGCAAGGACGUCGGGGCGAGCUUUAUACAGGAGGAAAAUUAGACCCCACACACAAACCCUCCAUAUCAACCUUACAGUCGAAAUCUAUAGGCAAAAAAAAAUCUUAUUUUAACCUGAGUAUCAUACAUGCAAUCCAUCUAUGACCGUGGCUCUCCGUGCACUUGGCAGGCAGUCUUUACAGUCACAGCAACCAGUGAUACUGUCUAACUGACAACUUUAUCAAUAUUACAAAGUAUCCUGGCAUAGAACCUUCAUAUUAAUGUGGAUGACAGUGUGUGAGACCUCUGAAGUCCAGUGUACUAUGUAACCGCGGAUAGAAUUCUCACCAGGAAAAUAUAUUUUAUCACUAACCGCAGCAAUACCAGUUUACAGGUCUUUCAUACGAAGCUAAGUAUCACGGACUAACCACAUUCCAGACUGUGCUGUCCUGUUUGAGACGUGUUCAAGUGACAGCACUUGUAUGUUUAAGAGACUGCCCUGACUAUAUUUACACGUUAUUGUAUGUUCAUUCUUUCUUAUUUGCACUCUCCCCCUUCAUUAUUCCCUCACCUGUGGUUAUCCGUAUCCCUAUACUUUUCCUUUCUGACUUUGGCCUUUCCUCCUUGAUUCCUCACUUCCUGUCUAGUUGGGGCCCCUGAGGGCCAAUUGCACCUAGUCACUCUUUUUUUUCUGCCUGCAUGCUCGCCCUGUCUCCUUGCUUUAUGUCCAGCUAAGGGUUACCCUAAAUUAUUUUUUUCUAACCACCUCCUGCUGCAUGAGUGCUAAUAUGCAUCACCAUCUUCCAAUACAAGUUUCUAAUUUAUAGGGUGGGGUUAUUGGGUAUUUGGACGGAAGAGACCUUUUAUAAUACUGGUUUACGAUAGUCAUUCUCCUCGUCCUAUUUAUAUUAAGGGAGUACAAAUCUCAUUAGACUUACAUAUGGUUAUAUAACCAACAUCAAACCCGGACAGACUUUACGGGAAACUGCAACUUAUUUUGUCUCUCCGAUAAUGAAUCUGGAGAUCUAGUCUUGUGUCCAAGUAGCCGUUGUGUACAUUGUGCUCCUUAUACAAACCACUAAUCUUUGUUUCCUGUGAAGAAAGGACUGCUGUUUCAUUUUACAUAAGGAGUUGCAUGUGUCUGUGUGCUUGUCCUUUUUCCGCAGUUCUGUCCAAACUUCAGUGAUCGGUUUAAGGCAAGACUGGUAGAUGGCUGGAAGAUAAGGCGGAGAAAGGCCUCCUUCCGCAUAGUCCCGGCGUCAUAAGCCGGCCAUGUUUCUGGAGUCUUGCUAAAAGCUUGCCAAAGGUGGCUUGUCUCUCCCAUAGCCUCUAUGCUGCCCAGGCACCUUCUGCUGUUACGGAGUGACUAGUGUUUUGUGUUUUCACGUGGCAAAAUGAAUUACCUAGAGCUUUUUGUAGAUUUUAGUCUCGGUGGACAGUAUAUUAUUGUCAGCACUGGCGGCAUUAUACAAGCUUUCUUCGUGUCAUGGAAAUAAGGAAAAAAGUCUAUUAAAGGAAAACUAUUUUUUUUCGUGUGUCGUUUACUCAACCGCUGCUUCCUCAUUUUCAGAAUGUAAAAAGUAUAAUAAAAAUCAAACAGAAUAUUAACGCCAUAUUCAUAAAAAAUUAUCCCCGCUAUAUCCCUUGUGCACUGCGAAAACUCAGUUACAACCUCUUUGUAAAUAGAAGGAAAUUGAUUUCCUUUCCAAAGCUGUUACGUUAGUAUUUUUCAGAGAAGACUUUGAUGCACUGUUAUCGUUUCAUUUACAUUUUCCCCAAUUUUCUUAAAGUGUUUAGAGGGUAAAAUAAAUAAAUAACUAACUGCCAAAUUGUAUAGUUCUAUUUUAAACGUUAAAUGUUUUAGGGCACCCACUGCCCCAUAUGCCCCCUUUAUUUUAUGCUGUUUUGUUGAUUAAUCACCCAUGUGCCAUAACAGCCACCUCUGGUGUUCAGUGUUUCAGUGCCAACAUCGCUGGGCGGAGUGCCUGCUGUUUUAGGUAAGAUAUAGGAAACAGGACUGUAUUAUUACUGGAAACACUAGCCAGGAGUUUACUUGUACUUAAUGAUUACCAACAGGUCUCUUUGUAUAGAGCAUUUAAAGAUUACUUUACUGUCUUUUCACAAGAAACGGUCAUGGCUACGGUGGUGAUGGCAUUAGGAUUGUAUGAAUUGUAGGUUCUAGAUCCGCUUAUGUGUUCUGCAAAAUCACCACGUAGUGUCCAUGUUGUUCAGUCUGAAACUUUUCCUGUAACUGUGUCAUGUGAUGUCUGAAUCCAACCGUGGCAACGACUGCGCAGUUUGUGUUAGUGGACAAAAUGGAAAACGAUUGGACAACAGCAAAGCUCAUCCACUGAGCCACGUACCUCCGGCCAUGACUUGUGGACCCUGGCUGUGGGCUGGAUGGCCACAGAGAAACUUUGGAAUAUUCAAUACCAUAAGCAUGAUACAAUUUGCCAUUCAGUUCUGAGAACUGCUGUACCGCUGGAAAUAAACUAAUAUUAUAAAUUUG